UAAGCAUCCUUGUGUAGAGGACUCUACGACACCGCGACUCAACUUAAUUACAAAAACAAACGUCCAAAACAACAACUGAUAAGUUACAUCCUCUUUGGCGAUUAAGGAUUUCUGAAAAUCUAAACACCGAUAUGGCAGAAUAGGUAGCUGGCUCGGUAGAGUGAUUCGGUCGUCUGGACUUGGUGGUCAACCGACAAGAAAAAAUGGCAUCAGGAAGAAUACCUUCGAGGAAAUCAUGUCGGCAUGUCUUAAAUCUGGUGCUCAGUGUUCGGAAAAUUCUGAUCAUUAUCAUUACACCGAUUAUUCUGCUUCCGAUUCUUUUCAUGGUGGAAGGAAACGAAGCAAAAUGUGCCUACUGUAUUAUUGUAAUGGCGAUAUAUUGGAUAACAGAGGCUCUACCAAUAGCUGUGACGUCAUUGCUACCAAUCAUCAUGUUUCCUAUGGUUGGACUAUUAAGUGCCAAAGAUGUGUCAAACAAAUAUCUCAAUGACACCGCCAUGCUAUUUGUUGGAGGUUUGAUCGUGGCAGCCGCCAUAGAGUACUGGAAUAUACAUAAACGUCUUGCCCUUAGAGUCCUCAUGCUUGUCGGGUCAGAACCAAAAUGGUUGAUGAUUGGGAUGAUGUUACCCACGUGGUUCCUGUCCAUGUGGAUUAGCAAUACUGCCACCACCGCCAUGAUGAUUCCUAUAGCUAACGCUGUCCUGGUUCAGCUAAAAGAAACAAAGAAUCUGGAAAAUGCAGACAUUGAAGAUGAACUAGUUAUACAGGUACAAAUGUCAGAGCAAAAUGGUUCUCUAAAGGAAAAAGAUCAAAAGAUAAGCAAAAUAGAGAAACCGGCUCAAAAUGAAGAAAGGGAAAGCCCUGAGUAUUUACGCAUGUGCAAAGCCUUGUCAUUAGGCAUUGCUUACGCAGCUAAUUGUGGGGGCGUGGCUAGUCUUACAGGAACCAAUCCAAACGUCAUCAUGAAAGGCGUAGCUGACAAAGUUUUCCAAGAAAGGAAUGCUACUUCCCCCGUGACAUUUGCGAGCUGGAUCCAGUUCUGUCUACCGAUUUCUGCAAUCUUGGUAGUAUUCAUAUGGCUCUGGUUACAGCUGUUUUUUCUACGAUGCAGGACAACAAAACAUACCCCGGAGCAGGCUCAAAGAGUCAAAGAUGUUAUAAGAAAGGAAUAUUCUAAGCUUGGACCAAUCAGCUUUGCCCAGGGAGCAGUCAUUGUGCACUUUGUGUUACUGGCAGUAUUCUGGAUCACACGUGACUUAGGAGGUGUUGGAGGGUGGGGUAGAAUUUUCCCACCAAAGACUGUUACGGAUUCCACUCCCUCCAUAUUCAUUUCUAUCAGCUUGUUCCUAUUUCCCGCUGUUAUCCCUUGGAGAUUUAGUGGCAAACAGAACGGUAAAAGUGUACCAGCUCUUCUACCUUGGAAAGCAGCAGAGAAGAUGGUACCGUGGGGUGUUGUGCUCUUACUUGGCGGGGGAUUUGCUUUAGCUCAUGGCAGUAAGGUAUCUGGAUUAUCGGAUUGGCUUGGUUGUGAGUUGAGUGUGUUUAAGGAUUUUGAACCCUGGGUCAUGAAUCUGGUUCUUUGCCUCAUAGUGGCGUCAGCGACAGAGGUCACCAGCAAUACGGCUAUUUGUUCACUUAUGAUGCCUAUAAUGAGUGAGCUGGCCUUGACCCUUGGAGUCAAUCCACUCUACUUCAUGUUUCCCACCGCCAUUGCUACAUCCUUUGCCUUCAUGCUUCCUGUCGCUACUCCUCCAAACGCUGUUGUGUUUUCAUACGGAUAUGUUAAAGUCGCAGACAUGGCUCUAGCAGGGUUCCUCAUUAACAUUGUUGCAGUGUUUGUGCUAGUUCUUGGAACGGAGACAUGGGGACAAGCCAUUUUUGGUUUUCAUACCCUUCCAGCUGUAUUUAAAACCGCAAACAUCACUACCACUAAAUCUGCCCUGAAAUGUGUAUGAUAAUCUCAUGGCUAAAUAAGGAUACCUCUUUGAUUGACACUAUCAGCUCUACAGAAUUCUAAAUUUUACAAAUGGGAAUAAGUUGCGUAUUCUUUCCACAAAAAAGUCAACCACCCACCAAUACAAAAUACAAAUGAUUUCAGACAAUGUAUCUCAUGAGGAAAAGAUAUAUGGUACUAUACUUAUUACAUAUACAUGUAUUGAACAUUUUAUAAGUACACAUGAUUGUCGCUAUUAAACAUGCAAUGAUAAAUUUAGUAUCAUGUUAUAGAGAAUAAGAAUAAUGUUCUUUUGUACUAGUAUUUGAACUUGUAUUAAAAACAGUAGAAAACAUAUUUUUGGUUUGUCUUCGUUGUAUAUAAUUAUGUUUUCCUCAAUCUGCAAUUUGUGGAUUUUAAACGUCAGUGAAAAUGUUCGCAAAUUGAUGUAACACAGAGAAACAUAAUUAUAACGUUGAAGUAAAAUGCUGAUUGGGAUAAUCUUUAUUCAUAUUCCGAAAGAGGAUGUUCGCUCCUACAUGGUACCUGAUCCCAUCUCUGGUGUUUUCAGAGGAUUGUGUUAUUUCUGCUCAGAAUUUGUAAUUAAUUUGUUGCAUAAA